AAUACUCUCAUGUGUUUUUGCAAUAAAAUCUUUGUUUAUGGAUGAGACGGACGUUUUUUCUUUUCUGUAGAGGAUUCCAGAUACAAGCAGUAAAUUGCUCAUUUUUCCCCUAAACACUUGUACAUUUAACGAAACAAUAUAAAGUUACAAACAUCGUUUAUUCGAUUACACAAAUGUACAAUUCAAUUGCUUAUUUUUAAAGUGGCCUCGUUUUAUAAGGCAGAUGUGUCAUGAUCUUGGCAGGAGGCUCUUUCAUAACACCGCGGUAGUUACAGACCAACCCGUUGCAUUCUAGCACCCGAUGUUCAGACUGUAAUACGAUCAAGAGACGAGUGAAGGACUGGCCAAUGAAAAGGUGGGAGUGCCAAAGGGAGCUGUCUGAUUGGAUGUUUCGGCACUUAGCAUACAGUAAUAUUAACUCAGGACUAGAAUUAGGGGCAGGUACAACGUAGACGUGCAUAUUAAACGGGAAAAAGGCCUUAGGCCUUCAUACUGCUACUGUAGUUACACCGGACGUAUUUGCAGGUCAUCUUGGUUUUUCAUCUAGCUCACAUUAAGAACUUUCAAGAAUGGUGCUUCCCGGAUCUCAAGAGAAGGUGUUCCAGCCUCCAAAAGACUUACAAAAGGAUGCACAUAUACCGGACUUUAAAACAUAUCUCAGACUAUACAAGAAAUCCACUGAGGACCCAGAAGUAUUCUGGAAAGAAGUUGCUGAGGGUUUCUAUUGGAAGACGCCCCCAACAGGACAGAUCCUGCAGUAUAAUUUUGACAUGACAAAAGGGAGUAUUUAUGUGAAAUUCAUGGAAGGCGCAAAAACCAACGUGUGCUACAAUGUCCUCGACCGAAAUAUCCUGGAGAAGAACCUUGGUGAAAGGGUGGCAUUCUACUGGGAAGGAAACUCACCUGAUCACCAUCUUUCCAUCACUUACAAUUCACUGCUGGCACAAGUGUGCAAGUGCGCCAAUGUCCUCAGGCACAUGGGUGUUGAGAAAGGAGAGCGUGUUGCUAUCUACUUACCCAUGAUUCCGGAGCUGGUGUACACGAUGCUGGCCUGUGCCCGUAUAGGGGCGGUUCACUCCAUAGUGUUUGCAGGGUUCUCCUCUGAGUCCCUCUGUGAGCGGAUUCUGGACGCCCAGUGCUCCUUCUUGGUGACGGCCGAUGGCGUGUACAGAGGCGAGAAGCUGAUCAACCUGAAGCAGAUUGCAGACGAGGCGCUGAGCCGCUGCAGGCUGAAAGACAUGUUCACAGUGAAGAAGUGCAUGGUGGUGAGACACCACGGCCUGCGCACGGUGAACGGGGGUCCCUCUGAGGCUUUGCAGAGCCCCUGGGAUGUGGAGUUUGAUGUGUGGUGGGAUGAAGUCAUGGAAACCGCAUCUGAGACAUGUGAGCCAGAGUGGAUGGAUGCUGAGGACCCGCUCUUUAUUCUGUACACUAGUGGAUCCACAGGAAAGCCCAAGGGAGUUGUCCACACCACUGCUGGAUAUCUACUUUAUACAGCGCUGACAUUUAAGUACGUCUUUGACCAUCGGCCCAAUGACGUGUACUGGUGCACCGCAGACAUUGGCUGGAUCACUGGGCACUCUUACAUCACCUAUGGACCACUGGCUAACGGGGCCACCAGCGUGCUUUUCGAGGGGGUGCCUGUUUAUCCCCACGUGGGAAGGUACUGGGAGAUCAUCGAGAAAUAUGGCGUGACCACCUUCUACACUGCGCCCACAGCCAUUCGCCUGCUCAUGAAGUUUGGGAAGGAGCCCCUCCAGCGGUACAACCUGGGCUGCCUGCGAAUCCUGGGCACAGUGGGAGAGCCCAUCAACCCGGAGGCCUGGCUGUGGUACCACCAGGUGGUCGGCCAGGAGAGGUGCCCCGUCAUGGACACAUUCUGGCAGACGGAGACAGGGGGGCACGUCCUGACGCCCCUGCCAGCUGCCAUCUCCUUGAAGCCCGGCUCCGCGACUUUGCCCUUCUUUGGAGUGCAGCCAGCCAUUCUGAACGAGCAGGGAGAAGAGCUGGAGGGAGAGGCGGAGGGACACCUCGUCUUCCGGACGCCCUGGCCCGGCAUCAUGCGUACCAUCUACGGGAACCCGGAGCGCUUCCAGAACACGUACUUCAAGGAGUUCCCGGGCUUCUAUGUGACUGGGGAUGGCUGCAGGCGGGACAAGGAUGGGUACUACUGGAUCACGGGCCGGAUCGAUGACAUGCUGAACGUGUCUGGGCACCUGCUGAGCACAGCAGAGGUGGAGGGCGCACUGACGGAGCACCAGUCUGUGGCGGAGGCGGCCGUGGUGAGCAGGCCACAUGCGGUCAAAGGGGAGUGUCUCUACUGUUUCAUCACGCUGAAGGAUGGCGUGGUGUUUAGCCACACACUGACUGAGGAGCUGAAGAGACAAGUGAGAGAAAAAAUCGGACCAAUAGCAACGCCGGACUUCAUGCAGAAUGCCCCAGGACUACCAAAGACUCGCUCAGGGAAGAUAAUGCGGCGGAUCCUCAGGCAAAUCGCUCGUAAUGAGAAGGACCUCGGAGACCUUUCCACCAUGGCGGACCCCAAGGUGGUGGAGGUCCUGUUCAGCCAGCGGUGUGAGAUGGCCUUCUGAAUGCCCCCGAACUGCGGGAAGCUCCCCACGGGACACCCCAUCCCAACAGGAAGUACAGCACGGAUCAUGCUCAAUGCAACAGUUUGAAUGUCACUGUAUUUCUCUUUGUGGAUUACUGACAGUAAUGUGAGAGAGGCUGGGUCUGAGGUUACUGAUAUGAAGUAACAAAACACUGCAGAUCAGAGUACCCCAUUAAUCACCCCCAUCUCGCCCCUGCAGAUCAGAGUACCCCCUUAAUCACCCCCAUCUCGCCCCUGCAGAUCAGAGUACCCCCUUAAUCACCCCCAUCUCGCCCCUGUGACACACACGACUAUAAAUGUACAUCUCCAUAGAAUUAUAUGUUUCUCCUUCUAUAAAAUUCCCACUUUUGGACACAGACAGGUUUAAUCACUACUCUGUGUCACCUUUCAUGUUUCGCAUGCAGUGUUUUUGAACCCUUUUACUCUCUGAAGAAACAAGUUUCAAGUGUACAGUUUCCACAGUGCCUUUUAUUUUGAGAUGAUUGUAUAAUUUUAUGCCUUAGGAAUUAAACAGAAACACUAUAUUUUCACGGUGAUCAUUGUUAUUUAUUUUCCAGGGUGGUUCAUCUCGUUCUCCAGAGCAAAGUGCACUUUCAGACAUGAAAGUGUUUGGCUAGAGGGAUCAAGAAGACAAAAUCAAAACUGAAUCUAAGCAUUAAAUAAGCAAACAUUCUUGUUAAAUAUUGCACACAGAGGUGAUGCAGCAGAAAUGUGCCGUUAGCAGUUUUAGCUUGUGAUAAACUUUGGUUUUGUUGUCAUUAGUGGAGUUUAGUCCUCUCUAUCAGUAUAACUGGACCAAGACUAUCUUUGGAAACAUGUACAAAGAGCAGCUGUAAUCUGAGUUUAACGGCAGCUAUAUAAACUAGUCUAGUAUGUGCCAUAUGUAAAUGUCAUUACAGUAACCUAAAGGCCCUUAAGUCAUCAGUUUAUCUGGCCUGAGACAAAAAUACACUCAGAACAUCACAUGUCACCUCCCUAGUGGUCUGCAUUGUGUACAAUUUAAGUGAAAAGGGUUGUAGGGUUGUUGUUUUUACAGUAUUCAUUCAGCUGCAAAAGCUCUUCAUCCAAUAAAGCCUUAAGCUGUGAUGUUCCUGAA